GCCCACAUGACAUCCGUUGUGGUACAUGUUUCUCCUCUGCUUUUGUCCUAUGGACUUCGCUGGUAUGCGGCACCUAUGUCAGAGUCUUCCAUGGGAGCGAAGCAUUUCCUUGUGUGCGACGGUGAUGCUGAAAGUUGUCUGAAUGUAUCCUUUCAAGAUUUGCUGUGCGGAACCCUGGUGCGGUUCUAUCUUUGGUGGCUUGUUCUCUACUACAUUUGGAUCUUCGUCGCCUUGGGCUCCUACAUUGAACGGCAUGCUUACCAGACCCUUUGGGAUCGUAUACUUGUCAUGAAGCCAGUGGGACCUUUCUUGCAGAAACUUCUCAAAAGCUGGCCAAAGCUUCUGGUGCAGCUUGUGUACUUGCUUGUACAUUUGGUGUUCUCAGCUGGUACGAUGUGCGUUGCUGUGGUCCUGUGGCACUCGCAGUUGGCGCACUUUAUGUUUGUAUGCACAAUUGGGCUGUCUACCAUAAAGAAUGCGGCUGAGUUUUACUUCGAUGUCAUUGGCAGCAAGUACGAAGAAGCUGCUGCAAACGCAAAGGUUCCUGUGAGCAAAAAGAUUCUCAGUGCUUCUGGAGCUUUGAGUGAGCUGUCGGAACCCAUGAAGAAAUGA